GAGAGAGAGAGAGAGAGAGAGAGAGAGAGAGAGAGAGAGAGAGAGAGAGAGAGAGAGAGAGAGAGAGAGAGAGAGAGAGAGAGAGAAAUGGAGGGGUUUCCUCAAAAUAUUUCCAGGGAGUUUUCGUUUGCUGGCAUCAAAGAAGCUGUUCCGAAUAACGGCUCCAAAGAGAGGUUGAAGGAAGCAUCAGCGAUGCCGCAAAUCAAAUCUCCACCAGAGAGAGAAAUCCCUCGUCCCAUGUCAGCCCCACCGCAGCAACGACAAUAUGCUAGUUCGGUUCUUCACAAUCUGAUGAGAGCUAAGCCUCAUGCAUCAGCAGAGAUGACGAAACCAUCAACGGCAGGCGUAAGUCCUGAUGGUGGUAAUGUCUCUGCAUCAGACUCUGCUGAUGAGGACAGACUACCUUGGGUCCAUAAGCGCCAAAUGCUCACAGACUUUGCCUUCACUAACACUGGCAAGAUCAUCAGCAGAAACCCUCAUCGUUUGACAGCCUAUAAUAGUCACAAACACGAUCUAUACUCCGAUUCCGUGCUCACUCGGUCCCAUCUUCCUCAGAACGGGCAAGAAACCGCAACCGCAACCGCAACCGCAACCGCAACCGCAACCGCAACCGCAACUGCAACUGCAACCGCAACCGCAACCGCAACCGCAACCAGAACCAGACGGUCCUUGUCUGAAACGGCUCUUGCCCUGGCUCGGUCCCGUCUUCCUGAGAACGGGCGGGACACCGCAACCGCAACCGCAACCGCAACCGCAACCAGAUGGUCCUUGUCUGAAACGGCUCUUGCCCUGGCUCGGUCCUGUCUUCCUGAGAACGGGCGGGACACCGCAAACGGAACUGGAACCGAAACUGGACGGUCCUCGUCUGAAACCCUUCUUGCCCCGGACAGACACCACAGGAGCGAGCUGCAGUCACAUAGCACUGGAAGACGGCCAAGCACAGACUCAAGCCAGCAACGAGGAGCAAGCGAAAUGGGGUUGAAUGAGGAGCAUUUCCCAAGGGUUGAUCGGUGGGACGCGCUGGAUGAUGAUGGCAUGGAAAAAGCUGCAUCUACGGGGAAGGGAAGGGGGCCACGCAUGAUGCAAGCUGGGGUUGAUGAACGGCUAUGGCAGUCAGAGUUGGACACAGCUGCCACUCUUGCAUCUGCUGCUGUCAAUGUCAGUCCCGACGAGAAUCAACGGCUGGGAUCACUCCAUAACCUAAACAGAGUGAAUUUGAGAGAUACCCCGUUGUUGGGUUCCACUGAUUCAAGAGUCCUCUACAGCCAUCCGAUUAUUGCAGGCGGGCCCCUUGUUAGACAGAUUUUGAGAAUGAAGAAGCUGGCUCCAGACUGGAUUGUACGCAUUGCUUGGCUGAGAGCAGAAGGUGAAGAGGGCACAACGUGGGGGGAAGCGAAGAAGAAGAAGAGGAGGAAGAAGUUCAAGAAAAUGGCCACUCUCGAAAGCUUGGAACUUAAUGACGAAGAGGCGAUGAGGUGGAGAGGUGGGGUCAGGAAAAGAAGACCCAGAUCGAAGAGUCUACUGCAGUUCGAGCGGGCCAUUGCGGGUGAUGAUCCUGGGAUCGAGUCCGGUGACGAAUCGCAGCCACGAACUCUGCUGGACGUGUUAUUGAAGAGGUGGUCUUCCUUUCAGCACAAGCAUGCUGAACUGGGUCAGACUCCGCAGAAUGAAGAAACGACUGAAAUGAAGGAGUAUUUCAGGAGAAAGGUACGGAAGCAAAAGGCAGAGGAAGAAAAGAGGGAGAAAGAGAUUGAGGAAAAGAGAAAGGAGGAGGAGGACAGGAAGGAAGCAGACAGAUUAAGAGAGGCGGAUGCGAGAGAAGCUCGUUUAGAAGCUAGACUGAUUCGGCUUCUCUCGCAGCAUUCGAGGACGCCCACUGGGUUUUCAGUUCCGGUGAAAAAGAAGUCUCCUACGACUAAAGCUCGAGUGUUGAAAGAGAUCACUAGCUACUUAGAGGAGUCCGAGGAUGAAAGUGAAGAGGUCAAGCAGGAGGCUGGAAGGCUGAUUGAUGCGAUUGAGAAAAGAAGAGGUAAGAAGAGGAAAGACAAAGGCGAUUUGGAGACAACUAAAGUAGUGAGGAGAGGAACGAAGCCUGUGCCUAUUUUGGUGGAGGAUCCUGCUGAUGAACUGAGUACCCCACCUGGUAACCGAGACGCGGGUAAUAUACUGGACUGUGCGCUGGAGCUACACCGGAAGUUUUCAGCAAAGAAGGUUCCCGAGCUCAGAACACUGUGCAAUUCGGAGGGGAUCGAAUGGACGAAGAGAGAGACUGCGAUCGGCGAGCUCGUGAAAUGUAGGAUGAGAACUGGGCAGAACCUGGUAUCGAGCGGCAGAAAGAUAUGGUUGGAUAAAUGGAAGAACGUGAAGAUGAAGCUAGGUGAGAGCGUGAUCAGGGUCGGAGGGUCAAUUGUGAAGAUCUCACAGGCAAGGGAGACUUUGGAGAAGGGUUGGACCUUUACAGUUAAGAGGGUCAAGGGGAUUACCUCUAGUGUCGAGCACAGGCGUUUCGUUCUACGCGAUCUCCUGAGAUUUCCAUGGAGAACCAAGAUCAUAUACAAGAGGAAGUCGCAUGAGUUACUCGCACUCUACAGGACGGCUGGUUUGUUCAGCCAGCUCAAGACCAGGAACAAUUUGAAGAACGUGAUUGCCAGGAUCGUCCGGAGGAAGUAUGAUGUAGAAAUUAGGAAGAAGCCGUAUGUAAAGUUGCCCUUUGCCUUGAACAUCAACAGCAGGCGUGUCCGUGAUUUGGCAGCAGCAUCUCUGCGCAGUGCACUUGCUGAUCACCAUUUGGCGGUCUUCGUCGCACAGCGUGUGCGGGUUGUCUUCAGGAAGAGGGCCACCGUUGGUUCGCUUCUUCACAACCAGUGGACAUGUGUCGAAGCUAGUCAGUGUGAAUGUACUUGCAUAAUGUAUGAUCUGCCGCGGAUGGGUGGCCACGUCAAAACACGAUUGGAUGAGGUAUCGUGUUUUCCUACUUUUUUCAAGAAUUCGAAGAACGUCACUGUCGGGCACGAACUAUCAGUCGAGAAUUUGCAGCAUUGCAUUUUGACUGCUCUGAAACCUUGGGUCGGGAGAUCACCCGUGAAGAUUGCACGUAUGGACAUGCUCAGAUGUCUGACAGGACAUACUACGAGAAGCCACCAAGCUAUGACCAGCCGCAACGCAUCUGCUUGGAUUGAGACGUUGGUUGGAUUGGUUAGAGUACCGAUUGAUCGCAAUCCUGGCGCGACUCUGCUAAUCUGCCCAGUCUUAUACCUCCACGCGUGCAUGAUGACGUUCAAUUGGAAUCAUAGCUUUGUCGAGAUAGAUGAGACGGAGGCAGUGCUUUUGGCAAGAAUGAAGACAGAUUACAAAAGGAUGGGAUUGGAAUCAAGCAAUGUGGGGGACGGGAGACGGUACCACUUCGAUUUGAAGUCUACCGACGUACUACGGGGGAGGCUGGAAGAGAUACGCAACGACUUGGGUAAGAAGGGGGGAGACGUGCUAGCAAGAAGCUACGACAUUAAGGACAUGUUUGUGAAACUGUCCCACGAUGUCGUGAUAAGCGCAGUGAGAUGGCUAGUCGAGUUCCACGUGGCAAGAGGAUUACUGGGAGUGCAGAUGAGCAGGAGGGGGAAGAUAUGUGCCAUGGCUAGGGUCAGGAAGAAACAAGAAGGCUUCGUACUUAUGACGUUUGGUCAGAUCGAAAGAGGGGUGAAGUACGAAUUGGAUCACACCUAUAUCCAGUCCGCAGGUGCUAUUCUGAGACAGCAAUUUGGGAUUCCAAUGGGGCGAAGUUCGAGCCCUGCACUAGCGUGCCUAGUUUGUGCUCGGGCGGAGAACGAAUUCCUAUGCAGUCUAGGCAGAGAUUGCGCUUUGGUGCACGGCUCGUAUCAGGGAACAGUCGGACAACUCUUGGCCGAUCUUCAGGCUCUUAUGGACAGAUUGAGGAUCUCUCUGAAUGCAGCAGAGCUUCGGCCAGUGCCAGCAUGGGUUGCUCCCAGUGUUCGGGAGUUGCCAGCAUUUGACAUUCCUACCCUGGAGCAGCUCCCUCCUCCACCCAUAGUUCCACAAGAGGAACUGCUGCCCAUUCCCCUGGAGGACAUUCCUGCGCACUUGGUGAUUCCUGAGUUCAAACCUCCUGAGUUUGAGCAGCACCCCACAUAUGAAGCACCACUGCCCGUUCAACCUCCUCCCCUGAAGCUGCCAGAGCCGCCACUGUACGAUGAAAAGAGUAUUAGCAAAGCUCCUCCGAGAGAUCUACCCUUUCCAACGUAUGUUGCCCCGGAUGACCUGCCUGAACCCAAUUGGAAAAACCCUGCUCUGGAGGAUUUUCCCAAUCCCCCUACCCUACAAGCUGAACCUACGUUCAAGGAGGAUACGGUUUUUUACCUCCCGGCCCCGCCUUAUGAAUCUCCUUCUCUUGAGCCGGAUCCCUGUGAACUCACCUACUUCGAUCGUCGGGCGCUGAAGAAGCAAGGGUACUUGAAUGUGCUUGAAACUGAGCUUGCAACAAAGGGAGAGCUCGAUGACCCAUCAGGUUCGCGUCCUCUCAGCCGCAAAUCCAGCCGCCGAAGUUCCUUGGACAGUGAUAGCAUCGUGACUUGUGGAGGCCGUUGUGGCAGGAAUGGUGCGUUUGACGCUUGCAAGGCAAAACCACCUGAACUCCUUGAGAUACCCUCCAAGCCAACCAGGGAGUUGAUAGAGGAGCCCAAGUUUGUCGACACAAUUGAUGACCCACUCCCUGAGUUCACAUUCCCUGUGUUGAUCGACAAUUUGCCAGAAUACCAACAACCGGAUUACCUGAAAAUUCCAGCUUUUCAGGAGCCUAUUGCACCAGUCCCGAUGGGCUUUCUCUCUGGACGGCGGCCAGUUUUUGUGGUGGACUGCAGCGGGACCACGACAGUAGAUUCCGAAAGAUUUCCUGGGCUUCUGGGAGGGAGAGUAAUUGGUUGUCCUAGAGUGCGUGGGUUUCUCCUCGUCCAUAUAGUCCAUAAAACAUACAGACGAAUGAGGUGGAAGGAUCUCUUUUCAAACACAGGCCAGCUUGCCAGGGGCUCCAGUCUUGUCAAGAGGGUUACCGUGGUUUCUGGGAAAGAAGAAGAAAAAGAAGAAGAGGAAGAAGAGGAAGAGAAGGAGGGAGAGGAAGGAAAGGAAGAAGAAGAAGAAGAGGGAGAGGAAGAAGAAGAAGAGGGGGAGGAAGAAGAAGAGGAAGAGGAAGAGGGAGAAGAGGAAGAGGAAGAGGAAGAAGAAGGGGAGGAGGAGGAGGAAGAAGAAGAAGAAGAAGAAGAAGAAGAAGAAGAAGAAGGAGGACGAGACCCUCCUCUCCACUCACCUUCUUGGUAGGUUUCGAAGCGUAAUAUCAAGAGUUUCCAAGUGGAACUUGUUACUCGUCGGAGCCUCAUCCCAAACAAUCAAGUCGGUACGGCGGAUAAGCUCCGCAAGAUCACUUUGUUUCGGAAUCAAGAAGGGACGCGUGUUAGCAGGUUUCAAAGCACCACAAUGCUUACACGGAUCUCGACCGCCAAUGCCGAACGGUUCAACAGUGCUAGGAUUCUCAAAAAUCGCAACGGUGUUCUCAACCGCCGCAUACGUUGUUGUCACGGGUGCAAAUGGGAAUUGAAUUUCGAUUUCUCACGGAUGGAUUGUGCGAUUGUCUCGCUCGCGAUGACAGACUUCGCGAGUGCCUCACCCGAAAAGAUCGACUCUGCGAUUGUCUCGCAGGAGAAGAUGCAUUCCUCGAUUGCGGAGAGGCGCUCGCUCGAAUCUCUCGAAGAAUAUUCACAGCGAACAAACUUCGCCUCACACCCCGCAUAAAAUCUUUAUGAACACACACAUCUUCUUUCCUUCUAUGAUUCUUAACCGCAGCUCUCAAUGCACGCAUCCGUUUAACAUGAAAGUUUGAUCGUUUUGUCUGGUCUUACCUUAAAUUAUACACGACGUAAAACAUGUUUCAUUCACAUUCAUUCUAUCAACUUGUUUCGUUCUUCCACCAGCCUCUAUAGUACUUCAACAACUAUUGCACUUCCAUCAUAGCCCGAUGACACACGGUGAGGCAUCGACGACAACGAUCCAAGUUCCAAACGACGCACGACUUUAUUCGCACGGAGCCGU